AUGGUGUAUGUAUACGGAGCGGCCUCUGUCGCGGCCUCGUCCAGUGCUGUCAACAAAUUCCAGAGGCCGGGGAACCAGCACCACUCCUCCGGAGGGGGUUCUGGCGAGAAUAAACAAGUGACGCACGCGAACCACCUGAAAACCGCUGAGAACGCACGCUCUUCAGUGGGAUUUCUGAACAGUAACGGAAAACGCUCAAGUCAGAUCGGAUACAAGUGCCUUAUGAAAAUUUUGAAA